AUGGUCCCGAUGCCCAUCUCCGAGAUAGGGCUGCUGCGGCUCAAGCCAACCGCAUCCCUCUCGGACCCCGACCUCCAAAAACGGUUGACAGAUGUGCAGUCCCAUCUCAGCGCCUUUACCGGCCACCCGUUUCACUACUUUCGCCAAGUCGAGGACCCGUCCCUGCUGUACCUGCUGGGCCAGUGGGCGUCGCUCGAGUCGCACUACCAGGGCAUGCACGGCUCUGACGAGUGGAAAAAGGGCGUCGCGGAAAUGGGCAGCUGUUUUUCCUUCCAGUGGAUGGCGCACUACGACUUUUUGCUGGAUCGUCUGCGGCCGGGCGCGGUGGUCUUGGAGGUGCAUCGGUUCAUCAUGAAGACGGAGGCGAGGGACCAGUUUGAUCAACAACGGACCAAAGCUACGGCGGGAGAAGCUGGAGGUGCUGAGGGACACGUGGUCGGUGGGUGGAAAGUGGACGCAAAGGAGGGCGAGGAAGAAUAUACGGUGAUUUUGGCCGUAGAGAAUGCGGACAAGAGGUCGCCUCUGAGCGAGCGAUACGAUCAUUUGGAGCAGUUUGCAGACAGGGCUGAUAGGCACUUGAUUCGCAAAUUCAUCUAG